AUGGUAAAGAUUACAGUUGAAUUUUUGGGUGGAUUGGACGUUGUAGUAGGUAAAGUAAGAACCCAUGAUGUCACACUUACCAAAGAGGCUGCUAAUGUGCAUGAUUUAGUAGAUUACAUUUGUCAUGAGAUGAUUAAAAAUCCAAAUGAUAUUGAGGUUUUUAUUGAAGAUGGUACGAUAAGACCCGGUAUUAUUACUUUGAUUAAUGAUACUGAUUGGGAAUUAGAAGGUGAAAUGGAUUAUGAAUUAGAGGAUGGAGAUGUUAUAUCUUUCACUUCCACUUUGCAUGGUGGUUAA